AUGGGUGUAACUCAAUCAAAACGCCACCCUCGCUUCUUGUCGUGCACAUGGGAGGACUUUCUUGCUGAUAUGAAGGAGGUCAACAGGAAUUAUCGCAGUCUUCUUGUGGAGAAUGACGAGUACCUCGCGUUUGCUCUCCGAACAAUAGACUUUGAGCGUGGACAGUUCGAGAACUGGAAAGCUGAGAUCAAGAUUCUCUGCUGCAAGGUCAACCAAGUGACUAAGCAGGUUGUGCGAUACAAGGAGCUCUCAUUCCGGGAGUUCUUGUCAACGUAUGACUUACACAAGUUGAUGGUCACCACGAAGGAAAGUAGGAAGAGGAGUGUGGACCCCAUGUCGACUAGCCAGUUCAUCUUGACUCAAACAUCCGACGUCGAAGGUAACUGUGUCAUCUGCAUGGAGAAUAUCAACGAUCUCCUUCUUCCCUGCCUUCACGCAUUCUGCAUUCGAUGCAUCGCUGCCGAAAUGGAGUACCGCCACGACUUCUCCUGCCCAAUAUGCAAAACUAAGAUCAGGAACCCCAUCGAAUCGUCAUGGGAAGUUCCCGACGUUCCAAACCAAUCAGAAGUGAACGAAUACCUCAAAGAGGUGGCAAGAGAUAUGUAG